CUACAAUCACGCUCAUACUGUGGAGGCUCUUCGGGCAAGAUGGCUCCUGAUUCGGACAGUGCGAUUGCCUCACAGGAGGUAACCACGCCUGCCGAAAGUUCUUCCCCUAAUGGAAUCGAGAUGGACGGAGCAACAAAUGCGGCGACUGAACAAUCUGCCAAUUCCCAGCCGGCACCCUUGCCUUCGUCCAAGGAUGAAUCUGGGCGAGUGCAACAGCUAGAGGAAACUAUCGCAAAAAUGGAGCAACGUCUAGAAGAGGUUCUAGAAAGUGUCAACAUGAAGAAGAAGAAGAGGCCCACUCCUCCGCCUCCGCCUCCUCCUCCGCCUCCUCCUCCUCCUCUUAUGGCCCCUCAUUUUAACACCUACGACCCUCCUAAUCCACACAGUCCACCCAGUCCUCCCCUAAUGCCACCGCCGCCACCUCCUCCCCCACCCCCUUUACAUCACAUGCCGCCACCACCACCUCCACCUCCUCCAUGGGCAUUUUCAAAUGAAGUAUCGUUCGACCAUGGACUUCCGUACAGCAAGAUCGACUGCAGCACAAACCCUCAAUUCUGGAAAGAAUUCCAGAGAUGUGUCAUAAAGCCGACCCGGCAUCCAAUUGAUGUGCUCGUCGGAGAGCCUGAACAGAAGCGAGUUCGUAAUAUCCCAUCGAGGAUGGAGUACAGCAAUUCACUCGGAGAUACCGAUGACGAGGAAAGCCCAGAUCCAACGCAUGUACGCGAUGCUCGUACAGAUAUGGAAGUUAUCAAAGGCACUGCCAUGCCAGAACGGAUUCGAUUCAAUAUCUUCGCGACUCAAUACCUGAUCCGCAAAUUGAUACCGUGUCCCAUGUCUUUGCCUCAUAGUUAUGCACAAGGGGGGAUAGUCCUAUUGCGUCCCUUCAAGGCGUUGUUUCACCAAGAGGCAAACAUCCGCACACAGUUAGCAAAGUUGAUCAAUCAGAUCGACAUUAUCGAACGCGGGGAGCUGGACGAAGAUGAGAAGGAUUCGAGUACCGAGUCAGAGGGCAAUGGCGUUCCUCUAAGCCCGGCAAGGCUCUCGUUAAUUCUUCUGAAUGCAAACUUGAACUGUUGCGGAGUUUGCAUCAAUUAUCUGCAGCAUGACUUUUCGAGUACCUCAAGAGUGCGGCAGAUCGUAGCUACUUUCUUGAACUUCUUUGACGACUACCUGAAACCGGUACAUCAGAGGCAUCGCUCGAGGGAAACGAAAAACGUUGCGUUCCCUGACUUAUGGCAUCUUUUCCAGCCGGGGGAUGAGAUAGAACACAAACCUAUGUCCAGCACUAUUUCUGCGGUUUCAGACCAGCAUGGAGUUGGAAACUUGCACGUUGAUCGCAUGAAGGUCCUUCGAGUUAGUGGAGGAAGAACAUCGAUAUAUCCCAGCCCAGGCGUACCAUACCCAAAUGGCCCUAUACCGUCGCCAAUGCCGCCACCCCCUGGUGACUUUAAUAUCCCUCCAGGGCGACCUCCGCCAAUCGGAGGCGUAAUCCCAUUCAUCGUGGACGCAUACUUGAUCGAUUUCAACGGUGGUUACUUAACUCCCCAAAGAAGGAGAUUUGUCAUUGAGCCAUACCACGGCAGACGGGAUGUUACAAAUUUUAUCGUGUAUCCCUCCGAAUUUGCAGAGAACGCGAAAACCCGGCGAGAAAAGUCAAUUAAAUUCGGCAACGACUUCAUAGAUUAUAUCUAUUCCCCAACGACAGCUCAUCGUCAUUGCAAAGGAACCGAACUGGAAAGAUACAGAGAUCUGAACGAACAGGUCAUAGUAGACAUGCAUGAGUGUUUCAAAACCCGAGAUGUUGCUGAACAAAUUCUGUAUACGACACCUCAACCGAUCGAUAUUGCGGACACACACGAUUGUCGCUUCUGCAACAACGUGGAUCUGCAUUGUGGGCAUAUCAAGACACCUAUCCUAUCUGAUCAUUACGUAGACUCGGAUUUGAUGGAACAGACUAUCGAGAAACAGGAUCUCUUCCAACUUCGUGCAGUACCACAGAGGCCAGCUUUGACUGAAGAUGAUUACGCAAUAUGCACUCACCGCGUCUAUGCGUUCAGUUUGCAAUCUAGACAAUGGGUGAAAGUACAUGUGCGAGAUUUAUCCAUUAUCCGUCCACGGGAUAGUGAUUUAGGCUUUGACCUUUUACGGAUCCCCAGUGCUCACAAGAGGAUCCUCAAAGCCCAGGUUCAAGAGCACUUUCGCAAACGGUUAUUGCUUACACAGAGCGUGGACACCAAUCUCGAUAUCGUGCGUGGUAAAGGCCAGGGACUCAUUAUCCUUCUACACGGUGCACCCGGUGUUGGUAAAACAGCUACUGCAGAAUGCAUGGCUGACCUGGUCAAACGACCUCUAUACUCAAUCACGUGCGGCGAUCUCGGCAGCAGUGCAAAAGAGAUUGAAGCAGAGCUUCUUCUCCACUUCAGCUUAGCCAGUCGCUGGGAUUGUAUCCUUCUGCUCGACGAGGCCGAUGUUUUCCUGUCCAAACGGACGAGAGAGGACCACGGACGAAAUGCGAUUGUGUCAGUCUUCCUUCGCAUGUUGGAAUAUUACAAAGGCAUUUUGUUCCUUACGACGAAUCGAGUUGGCGCGUUCGAUGAGGCUUUCAAAUCGCGAAUUCAUUUUUCAUUGUUUUAUCCAAACUUCGACAGGACGACAACCAUGGAAGUGUGGGAUACAUUCAUUGGCCAGACGAAGAAGAACUACGGCAGUGAUCACUUCUUCAUCGACACAGACGGGAUUGAAGAGUUUGCCCAGGAACACUACGACAACAAUGACGAAGACACACGCUGGAACGGUCGACAGAUCAGAAACGCUUUCUCCACUGCAAUCGCAAUGGCCGAGUUCCAGGCCCGCUCCAAACAAUUUAAGAAAGAGGACCGGGCAGAGGAUGUUCUCGACCCAGAAAAGUAUAGCCAAGCGACCAACGUCAAGGUGAAACUGGGGCCAAGCCAAUUCCACACCAUCAGCGACACCGUAAAGGAGUUUGAUAAGUACAUCCAACUGACGAUGGGUCAAUCUUGGGACGAGAAAAUGGACAAGGAAAAGUAUAGGAAGGGUAGGUAUAAGGGUUGGGACCCGCGGAAGGACGAUGAAGAUGAAAUGUACAAGAGUAAGAAGAAGAGCAAAAAGGGAAAGCAAAAAUAUGCCAGCUCCAGCGACUCCUCAAGCUCGUCGGAAGAAGAUAAGAAGACCUCGAAGCAUGGCAAGGGCAAUUCGAAGUCUGGCAAGUCUGGCAAGUCGAAAAAGUCGGGGAAGAAGAAGGAUGACUCUGACUCGGAUUCAGACUAAGACCAGGAAUGUUGUAUGAAUAGUACAAGUCGUGCGGGGGUGUUCGCAAGCUAUGUUCGUACGGUUCGUCCUCUACAAUUGUGGUUUCUCGUCUCCAUAAGUGUU